UCGGCAACUGGUGUAACUCUAUGCAGCGCGAUUUUUCCGGAGCAACAAACUUUCGUAAAAACUCUAAUAUCUCAACGAAGUAGAAGGUCAAAGUGAGGAGAAAAGAUCGCAGAGACAACAUAAACGGCUUAUUAACAAGAUAAACAAUGGAACAGAAUUUUCGUCACAAAAUCAGUCGGUCUUACAAUGGAGAGCGGCGGGGUUAUGAUAGUACCGAUACGUCAUUCUACGAGGACGGGACAACAUACGAGGGAACCGACAGCCGCACCCUCAGAACAGCGCUCUACUCAAGCAGCACCCCAUCAAAGGCAACCACAAACGACGGGUUCGGCACACGAAUCUCCAUCACGAACGGACUACACUACGGAAAUGUAUUCAAUGAUAGUAAUGGAACAGCCGACGGGAGAAAGAACAACAAACAAAACAGCUACAACGACAGCAACCGUACAACAAAUGUAACAAACAACGGAAUGGAUAAUUUCAAUCAAAUAUCUAAAGUGGCAAACUACGGAUACAACCAUGUUCCGUCCAAAAAUGUCGGCGCUGUGGAUACGACGCACCAGCGCUGCUACGGCGACACUGAGAGCGAAUGCAACGCUGGAAAUGACAUAUUUGCAUAUUAUGACUAUAACAAAACCCUUACUAACAAUACAAACUACUACGGUAAUCAAAAUGGUACCAUAUAUGACGUCAAUUGUGCCAAUGGGCAAUACAAUGUUCCGCGGACGCCUGCAUACGAGCGCGCCAACCAAACGCCAUCAGCUAACGAUGCAAGUCAAGUCGGCACAGCCAACCAACUGUACCACGGCAGCACAGCAUGGGCACAUAGCACAUAUGUCCACAACAACGAAACAGGAAAACAUGGACACAGGAGUUCCUUUUGUAACAAUACUUCGCCCGAAAUCGCCACAGCGUUUAGACAGGACCCUGAACAGACCACCAAUGACCACGAGGUGUAUGGCCAAACAUGGACAGUAGUAACCAUGUCCGACCGAAAAAUAAGGUCACUAACACAGGCAGACGACACUGUCAAACAGGAAGAUGGCAUCAAUCCAAAGUUAAAUGCUGCGAUCUCGCGGAAACGCAAGUUGUUAAACGAAACGCCAGAUACCACACCAAAAGCUGAAAUCAACAAUAAUGACGUCGCCCCAACUAAAAUUGACAAACGUUCACUCUACAGGAAAUUCCGCGUGGUAAAGAAGUCCAAAAUAUCAACAACAUGCAAUGAAAGUUCAAAGUUCAAACCAUUGCUAUGGCGAGUCAAACUCGGCGACAAAACCAUUGUGGAAGUAAAUGACAAAGACGGUCUACCAAAUGAUGUAAAAACGGCAAAACAUUCCCAUACGGUGACUCCGCGCAAAGAAAACGAGGCUGAUGCCACUAUUAGAAACAUUGAAUUCAUUACUUUGGACAACAUGAAGGUCGUUCGCCGGAAGCUUGAGGUUGUCCUGGCAGUACAGCAGGAACAUGAUCACCAGGAAAGGCUCAGGCUCGAUGCAGAGGUCAAGGCUAAGGUCAAGGCUAAUAUGAAACCAAGGUCAAGAAAGGAGAAGAAACGCAAGGAACAUAAACAUCGGGGAUAGAUUGGACUGAAUUUUUUUUGACUCUUAACGCAAAUCUGAAGUGAAUGCAAAUGAAUUGUAAACUUUUUUUACCCGACAGUCCUUAUUUGUUUUAUCAACAGUAAAUAAUAUGGCGUUACUAUUAUAAAAAAAAACGAUUUAUAAAUCCGUGCAUCUACCCAGGGAUGUGUACACAUCCCUGAUCUACCUCAGCCAAUUAUCUUUACAUGUUAAUUAUGAUGAAUGUUAUUAUUAGUAAAUAAAUAUCGCACACAAU